AUGAACACAUCUUCAAAUUGUGCAACAGAAUCAAUAUUUGAUUCUCCAUCAUUUUUAUAUAAUACUGCACACAUUUUGACAAUUUUUACUCUUCCAAUCAAUUUUUUUGGUGUUUAUUUGGUAUAUUCAAAAACACCACCUUUAAUGACAAAUAUGAAAAUGGUUAUGAUAAAUAUGCAAAUAUGGAUUAUGUUAUCUGAUUUUUGUAUUGGAACUCUAGUUAUUCCUUAUAUUUAUUUUCCGGUUUUUGCAGUCUCAACUUUUGGAAUUUUGAAUAAAUUGAAUGUUGGUAUUGCUCCACAAUUUUAUCUUUUAGUUUUUUCAAUUGGUGGUAGGUUAACACUUUUUUGAAAUCAUUUUGAAAAAAAUCAAAUAAUUAGAAAUUGGUGCAUCAAUGGCAAUAACUCUUGAAAAUCGAAAAGCCAACAUAACACGUGUUUCUUAUAUUUCAAUGACAAAUAAACGGAAAUUAUUAAUAACUAUAAAUUAUCUUCUUCCAUUUGUAUUUCAACUUCCAUUUUAUUUCAAUUUACCUGAUCAAAAUGAGGCCAUGAUUGAAAUUAGUCGAAAAAUCCCUUGUUUAUCAUCUGAAUUUCACACGUCUCCAGUCAUUGUUAUUAGUACAAAUGGAGUUUUACCUGGUUUUUCGAUAUGUGCUAUUUUAUUUGCGUAUGCAAUAGAAAUUGGAUAUUUCAUAACAAAUAUAACAAAUGUACUUGUAUUGGAUGCAAAAGUCGGAACAUUAUCUAAUAGAACAAAACAGUUUCAAAGAAAAAUAUUCUUUCUGAGUUGUGUUCAAAUAUUUGUACCAUUGUUAACAACUUUUGUACCAGUUCUGAGAAAUCUUAUUUCAAUUGCAUUUUUUUCAUAUGACCAAGGUUUGAAGUUUCAUUUUCUAGAGAGAAAAAAGGUUUAUGUUUUAGCAUUCACAAAUCUCUCAUUUUUAAUAAUGAGUUUACAUGGAUUCGUGGCAACUGUUGUGACAAUUAUAAUUUAUAAACCCUAUCGAAAUUACACAUUUCGGUUAAUAUUUUGGUUUCUAAAGAAAAACAAAGUGAAAAAUAUAUCUCCUAAAACUCAAACUAGACAUAUUGUUGUUUAUUAAUAAAGUCAGAAUUCUGAAAUAUUUGUUAUGUUUUGAGCACAUUCUCAAAUAAUAAUCUUGCCUCUUUAUUCACAUCAUAAAUAGAGUACAUUAAAAAAUAUGUGUACUUGUCUGGGAACUAUUGAAUAUCUCUUUAUCUUUGGUAUUUUUUGUACUUUCUCUAAUUAUUUUCAAAUAGUGUUUUUAUUAUUAUCAGCCGGCUUAUCGGAACAAGAUAUUAAAUCAAGACAAUUUUCAUUUUAUUUGAUAGAUAUUGCUUUUUUGUCUGGUAUAAAAACAAAAAUAAAAAGUUGUUAUUUCUACCAAAAACUAUGGAUUCAAUAUCAGUUUUCUAUAAAUUUAACUAUUCAACACAAUGUGAGAAAUCGUCAAAUUUUUUUGUUUCUCAUGAAAAUUUUGGGAUAAUUUCAAAAAUAUUAUUUCUUAUAAGUGUUCCAUUUUCAUUGUUGGGUGUUUAUUGUAUUGUUAUAAAAACACCCAAAUCAAUGAAAAUUGUUAAAUAUUAUUUACUCAAUGUUCACAUUUGUUCAAAUUUUUUGGAUUUUUUGAUGUCGACAAUGAUAAUUCCAAUAGUUUAUUUACCAACAUUAUCAGGAUGUUCAACUGGUUUCUUUAAUAUGUUCAAAGUUCCAGUUUCUUUUCAAUUGUUUAUUGCACAUUUUAGUAUUCAUAGUAAGUUUUUUUCUUGAAUUUGAAACAUCUGAAAACGUAAUUAUUAUUCAGUGAUGGCUAAUUCGAUAUGUGCAUUAUUUGAAAAUCGCAGUAGUUCUAUACCUAACAAUAUAUUUCGAAUAAAAACAACAAAACUUCGCGUUACAAUAUACUCAUUUUAUGUUUUCCUAACAUCAACUUAUAUGAUUCCAACAUUUCUUUCUGUAAAUGAAAAUCAAGAGAUAUCAAAACUCUAUAUUCUUUCAAAAAUAAAAUGUCCAACUGAAGAUUUUUUCAAGUUACCAAUUCAUAUUUGGACAAUGGAUAUUUUUUGGAUUCGAUAUAUUUUUAUAUCAAUCUCAUUUUUCACUAUUUUAACUCUUUCUCAAUUGAUAUUUUUCACAUGCUGUUGUAUUUAUUAUUUAUAUAUUCACGUUGCAAAAAAUCAAUCAUCUAGAACUCGAAAAUUACAACGUCAUUUCUUUGUUGGUUCGGUUGUUCAUGUAAGCUAAUUUAUUUUCUAACAUAAGAUAACCGAAGUAAACAAUUUCACAGGUUCUAACACCAUUUUUGUUUUGUGUAAUUCCAAUUUUCAUUCAAAUAUCAUUUUAUAUUUAUGAAUAUUAUAACCAAACAUGGAAUAAUCUAUGUGUUUUUGUAUUUCAAAAUCAUGGAUUUGCUUCAACUUUAAUUGUGUUAUUUUGUCAUCAACCUUAUCGAUUGUUCAUUUUUUCACAUUUUAGUAAAUCAAAAAAAGUGGCGAUGGAAACUAUUUCAGUUACUGCUAAAGGAACUAUUUAG